AGCAUCGUUGCUGUCCACGGCUUAAACGGGCACCGCGACAAGACCUGGACAGCAGCGAACGGCACCCACUGGCUCCGUGAUCUCCUACCAAAGGACAACCCCAAUGCGCGCAUAUUCUGCUGGGGAUACGAUGCAAACACGCACGGCGAGCGCGUUAGCCACCAAUUCCUCCACGAUCAUGCAGAACAGCUAGUAUCGGAUCUCUGCCUCAAGAGAAAGCGUACAAAUACUAUGGAACGACCAAUAAUCUUUGUGGCUCACAGCCUGGGUGGUAUCAUCGUUAAAGGCGUUAGUCCUUCUCGUCUCUAUCGUAUGCACAGCUGA